GAUGGAGACCAUCUGGAUCUACCAGUUCCGCCUCAUCGUCAUAGGGGACUCCACCGUGGGCAAGUCGUGCCUCCUGCACCGCUUCACCCAGGGCCGCUUCCCGGGUCUGCGCUCCCCCGCCUGCGACCCCACCGUCGGCGUGGACUUCUUCUCCCGCUUGCUAGAGAUCGAGCCAGGCAAGAGGAUCAAGCUGCAGCUGUGGGACACGGCGGGACAAGAGCGGGUCCGAUCAAUAACUCGAUCUUACUAUCGCAACUCAGUUGGUGGAUUUUUAGUAUUUGAUAUUACUAACCGGCGAUCCUUUGAACAUGUGAAAGAUUGGCUAGAAGAAGCAAAAAUGCAUGUACAGCCAUUUCGGAUUGUAUUUCUGCUAGUGGGACAUAAAUGUGAUUUAGCUUCACAGCGUCAAGUUACAAGAGAAGAGGCUGAAAAACUAUCAGCGGACUGUGGUAUGAAGUAUAUCGAAACCUCAGCCAAAGAUGCUACAAAUGUUGAAGAAUCUUUCACAAUCUUGACAAGAGACAUAUAUGAACUUAUUAAAAAGGGAGAAAUUUGUAUUCAGGAUGGCUGGGAAGGGGUUAAAAGUGGCUUUGUUCCAAAUACUGUGCAUUCUUCUGAGGAAGCAGUAAAACGUAUUAAUACUCUGUGCCCUCAUUCAUUCAACAAGUGUGUACUGGGCGCCUUCCAUGUGCCAGUUCCUAUUGAAACGGUACUUUCAGCACUCGGGAUCCCGUUAUCCUCACUAACUGAAUUCCGGAUUUGGGGCUGGAGACGCGGGAAAGCGUCGGUCCCGCCAGCAGAGGGCGUGCGUAGCCCUCUCCGCGGCCUCGGGACUUACCGAGGUUCCCAGGCUCCCACGCUCGCUCCCGAGCGCGCCCCCGCCCGCCGUAUCACGUGA